ACCGCGCGGAGCGCCGGUGUGCGAAUGCGACCUGUCGAGACGGAUGAAUGGCGUAUUUAUGUGUUUCAACGCGCAACUUUGCCUAUGUUCCGGAAUUACCGCGGCCUGCGUUCAUACCACGAGCGUUCUAAUCUGCUAGGUGAUUUGUUUUCGUGUGGCAAUCUCGAUCAACCGAGCCUCGGUGGAGUCGCGUCGCAGAAUUCGCAUCAUCACUCGGUGCUACAAUGUUUACUAAGAAGAAAAAGAAACCACAGAUUUCCACUCCAACUAAUUUCGAGCACAGAGUACAUACUGGUUUUGACAAACGUGAAGGAAAAUUUGUUGGUUUACCACUACAGUGGGCCUCUAUAGUAGGCAAUAACCAGAUUUUGAAAUCAACCAAUAGACCAUUACCUUUGGUCGAUCCAAGUGAGAUUACACCUACUGAAAUCCUUGAUCUAAAGACUAUUGUAAGAGGACAUGAUCCUAGGAUAGGUAGGCCACUAGCAAAUGAAAAGACUAUGGAGAAUGGCUUGCCUAAAACCAGUACAGUUGCCCGAUCCAAUUCUCUGCGUUCUUCAAGCCCACCACGGUUGAGGAGAGAUUAUAGGCAUAACAGUAAUCUCCCACCGUCUGUUCCUGAAGGCCAAGAAAUACCUUUAAAUAUUAAUCAAGGUUUUGCAAACUUUGGCAAGCCACAUAACUAUGUUGAUAAAAUGAGACAGAACUCUCCGAGUGUUGGCAGUAGCCUAAAUUCCAGCAUGCAGAAUAUGAUUCCAAAUCUACAGAAUCUUAAUCCUAACAUGCAAUCGUCGCCAAAUUUAACUCACUCGGGGUCGAAUGUACCAAACUUAUCCUUAAAUUUCCAAAACUUAAGUCCUAUUGUAAAUUCACAAGUUCCAGUACAAAGUCCAACUACUCCACAGCUUCCUGAUUCAGAAUUUCAUAGACUCAAUUCGCAAAUGGCCAUGCCAUCCAGUCAAUAUAAUGGCAAUGUACAGGGUUCAGUUGUGGAUGCUUCAAGAGAACAUCAAGUGGGUCAAAAUGUAUUACUACACAAGCUACAGCCAAAAAUUUCACCAGUGGGUUCAAUAGCCUCACAACGACCUCUAAGUCAAUUAAGCUCACAUAAUAUUAAUAAAUAUUCUCAGGCAUAUAAUAUGUCUGAAAAUCCAUCCAACCUACAAUCACAUUUGAAAAAGCCAAUGGAAACUUCCCAAUCGAUGCAUAAUUUAUCAAAACCAAGCAUACCAUCCACUGUAUCAGGCACUAGUUCUACUCCAGAUCAGAAUCAGAAUAUGAAAAGUGCUGUCUCUUCAGGGAACUUAGCAGUUGGCACAAGCUCCAAUAAUACAAACAAGCAAACGGCGGAACAGAGACUUACGCAUGAACAAUUCAGGGCUGCUUUACAAAUGGUGGUAAGCCAAGGUGAUCCGAGAGAAAAUUUGGAGAAUUUCCUAAAAAUCGGCGAAGGUAGCACAGGAACUGUAUGCAUUGCUACUGAUAAAAGUACAAAUCGUCAAGUUGCAGUUAAGAAAAUGGAUUUAAGAAAACAACAAAGGCGCGAGUUACUUUUCAACGAAGUUGUUAUUAUGAGAGACUAUCAUCAUCCAAAUAUUGUCGAGAUGUACGAUAGUUUCUUAGUAGACGAUGAAUUAUGGGUUGUUAUGGAGUAUCUGGAAGGAGGCGCCUUAACUGAUAUUGUAACACAUUCGAGGAUGGAUGAGAGUCAAAUAGCUACAGUGUGCUCUCAAUGUCUCAAACCAUUGGCAUAUUUGCAUUCGCAAGGUGUUAUACAUAGGGACAUUAAAUCUGACUCGAUAUUACUUACAGCAGAUGGCAGAGUAAAACUGUCAGAUUUUGGUUUUUGUGCUCAAGUUUCCCAAGAAUUACCAAAGCGAAAAUCUCUUGUAGGAACUCCAUAUUGGAUGAGUCCUGAAGUCAUUUCGAGGUUGCCAUAUGGACCUGAGGUAGAUAUCUGGUCAUUAGGAAUAAUGAUCAUUGAAAUGAUCGAUGGUGAACCACCAUUUUUCAAUGAGCCACCUCUGCAAGCUAUGAGACGUAUCAGGGAUAUGCCACCACCAAAAUUAAAGAAUUCUCACAAAGUUAGUCCACGUCUUCAAGGUUUUCUAGAACGAAUGCUCGUACGUGAUCCAGCACAACGAGCAACGGCAGCUGAACUAUUGCAACAUCCAUUCCUCAGGCAGGCUCAAAGUCCUAGCAUCUUGAUUCCAUUAAUGAGAGGCGCCAGGCAUACAAAUUGUUAACGAGGUUAUAAUAACUUCAUAGAUGAGGGCCUAAUUGAUACCACCACUGAAAAUUCGUCAUUUUUCGCAAGGAUUCUGUACGGACAAAUUACCUUAAAGUAAUCUAACAUGUUGAGUUUUACUCUUCCAUAUAAUAUUGUGUUAUUACGUAUACAACAAUUUGGAAUUUUUAUAUUACUUUACAUUUAUUUUACCAAAAGAUAUAAGUACAGAUGUUAAUAGCCGAUCAAGAAACUUUAAAGACUGGAAGAUAUAUUCGACUGUUAUUAAAAUUUAUAAUAACUGGGCAAAAUUAUUACGUGAGACAUCCGAAAAGUAAUGUAACAAUUAAUUUUUUUCAUUUAUAAUUUAUCAUAAAGAUGAGAAUUUCAUAUCGUUCGCACAUAUCAUAGUAAACACUCAUGCUCGUCUAAGGAAAAUGUUUGGAUUAAAUAUAUAAUUUCAAGAUUUUUGAAACUUGUAACGUACAAAAUAUUAUUUUUGUCCAACAAAAUUAGUCAGGACAUUAAACGGGUUGCAUUACUUUUAGGAUACGCUUCGAACAAUACGUAUAUUAGGAAAAAGAUAUUUAAUUUUUAUGAA